AUGAAGACUGUGAAGCCCCCGGUUGCGGUCGAUACCCCGUCGAGCCGAAGGUCCCAGCCUGUCCGACAAACUCGCACCAACCCUCCCAGAACCUCCGCGUCUGCCCUCGGCCGGUCGCUCACCGGACGCGAGUCGCUCGCCGGCGCCAGCGAUCCCAACCAGCCCAUCGACAUCUUUCCUGCUGUCACCCACUUCGCAGACGCAAUUGCCGCCCUUCCUAAGGAGCUGGUGCGACACUUCACACUUCUCAGAGAGGUCGACGCCAAGAUCUUCGCGCCAGAGGAGACCUUGUUCCAGCUGAUCGAAGCUGCUCUUGAGUCGACACCCCCCGAGGCCACACAAUCGCUCAAUGAUGCUGCCAGCACAAUCGCGCCAGCUUCGGCGCCUAUGAGCGCUCAGAACAGCUCAAGCGGCUUUGCCCUGAACGGCCAGGUCGCCCCUGUGCCAUCUGCCCCCGAGUCGGUCAACACCACAGUGUUCGACCCUGGCAACCUUCCUCGGCGGCAACUAUUCCGACAAGCUGCCUUCAAGAUACAAGAAAUGCUAGUGUCACUCGAAGAGAAGAAUCACGUCAUUUCCACCGCAAACGAAGCUAUGUCUAAGCAGCUUGCCCGCAUCGACAAUGUCUGGCCUCACCUCCAAGAGGAGUUCAGCGACGAAGCGAAAUGGGGCAGCACAACACAUUGGGCGUAUCCCGAGAAUCGGGCUGCGCGCGCGCUGAACAAUCAGACAGAGAGGACCAGACGAGAGGGCGCUGCGAGCCUGUCUGCUGCUGCACAAGCACUGGCCGAGGAAGCUGCAGCGCGAAGCGACGCGAGGAAGCAAGCUGUCGCAGCCAAACGAAAUCAGCGAAACCAGCAUCAAGAGUCAGACUUUGACGAACAUGAUGGAAAACAGAAGGGAGAUUCCAACAGAAAGUCUCACAGCACCAGCAAGCGAAAGGUCGCCGCUACGCCCACAGAGACCACACCAACUGUUGGGCUAGGAAUAUCGACAGCGGCGACUGCUAACGGCAACCCCACGGCCAAGCGGCGCAAGGUCGAGAAGGUAGUCAAUGGUGGAGCGCCAAUGGAGCGGGCAAUGAGUACUGUCUUUGGUAACAACGCGCCCAAGGCAAAGCCUUCUGCCAGUCCUCGAGAAACACCUCUACCGGAGCCAGCCAAGAAGCGCAAGGCACUUCCUACAUCAACUAGCCAGUCCAAGAAAGGUCACAAGAAAGGGGCAUCGGCUGCCGCCGCCGCCGCCGCCCAGCGAGCCCUUGCUCAGCAGCUUGAGGAGAACGACAGCAGCCACGUAGAAGAUGAGGAGAAUGAGAUCGACGAGAACGAGCCGACCUACUGCUACUGCAACGGCGUGAGCUACGGCGAGAUGGUCGGGUGCGAUGGGCCGGACUGCAAGCGGGAGUGGUUCCAUCUCGAGUGUGUGGGGCUGAAGGUUGCGCCCAAGAGCAAUGUGAAAUGGUACUGCGAGGACUGCAAGAAGCAGCUGAAGCAGCCCGGGAAGAAGGUCAACGGGACAUGA